AUGGACAGGGUUUAUGAAAUUCCCGAGGAGCCAAAUGUGGUUCCAGUUUCCUCUCUGGGAGAAGAUGUCAUCCGCGGGCCUAACCCACGCUUUACCUUUCCGUUUAGUAUCCUCUUCUCCACCUUUCUGUACUGUGGGGAGGCUGCAUCUGCCUUGUAUAUGGUUAGGAUUUAUCGAAAGAAUAACGAAACCUUCUGGAUGACAUACACCUUUUCCUUCUUCAUGUUUUCAUCCAUUAUGGUUCAGUUGACCCUCAUUUUUGUCCACAGAGACCUGGCCAAAGACAGACCACUGUCAUUAUUUAUGCAUCUAAUCCUCUUGGGACCUGUUAUCAGAUGUUUGGAGGCCAUGAUUAAGUACCUUACACUGUGGAAGAAAGAGGGGCAAGAGGAGCCCUAUGUCAGCCUCACUCGAAAGAAGAUGCUAAUAAAUGGCCAGGAGGUGCUGAUAGAAUGGGAGGUGGGCCACUCCAUCCGGACCCUGGCUAUGCACCGUAAUGCCUACAAACGUAUGUCACAGAUUCAAGCCUUCUUGGGCUCAGUGCCCCAGCUAACCUAUCAACUUUAUGUGACUCUGAUCUCUGCAGAGGUCCCCCUGGGUAGAGCUGUGCUAAUAGUUUUUUCCCUGAUAUCUGUCACCUAUGGAGCUACCCUCUGCAAUAUGUUGGCUAUCCAGAUCAAGUACGAUGACUACAAGAUUCGGCUUGGGCCACUGGAAGUACUUUGUAUCACCAUCUGGAGGACAUUGGAGAUCACUUCCCGCCUUGUGAUUCUGGUGCUCUUCUCAGCCACCUUGAAGUUGAAGGCUGUGCCCUUCUUAGUGCUCAACUUCUUGAUCAUCCUCUUUGAGCCCUGGGUUAAGUUCUGGAGGAGUGGUGCCCAAAUGCCAAACAAUAUUGAGAAGAAUUUUAGCCGGGUUGGCACUCUGGUGGUACUGAUUUCUGUCACCAUCCUCUACGCUGGCAUCAACUUCUCUUGCUGGUCUGCCAUGCAGUUGAAAUUGGCAGACAGAGACCUUGUUGACAAAGGUCAGAACUGGGGACAUAUGGGACUGCACUAUAGUGUGAGAUUGGUAGAAAAUGUGAUCAUGGUCUUGGUUUUUAAGUUCCUUGGAGUCAAGGUGUUACUGAACUACUGCCAUUCCUUGAUUGCUGUGCAGCUUAUCAUUGCUUAUCUGAUUUCCAUUGGAUUCAUGCUCCUUUUCUUCCAGUACCUGCACCCAUUGCGCUCACUCUUCACUCAUAAUGUGAUAGACUACCUCCAUUGUAUUUGCUGCCGCAGACACCAUCAGGAAAGGGCUGAGACCUCAGAGCCAUCAUGUGAGGCUGAAACAAGACAAAGUAUUGUCUGAGUUUUUUCUUCUGAACAUUGUAGGGUGGCUUUGGGGUUGACAAGAGCAACUGUGAAAUUGAAGGAGAGGGUGUACUCCCAGGAUCAUUUUCUUGACUCUUCUAGUAAGCCUAUCAAAAGAAAGACUGACCUCCGAAUAGGUUUUACUUCUUUAUGAUUGACUGCUAUGUUUGGGUACCAGCACUAGACACUGUUUACUUAGUUCAUCAUCCUCCUACCCAAGUCAGUUGGAAUAACUUCAGGUGCCUCACUGAGGCUUUGAAUUUCCAGCUUUGCUCAAUUGUUUGAAUUAUUGUUGAGUUUCCCUGGGCUGAUUGAACUCUGCCAUGGCAUAUCUGGACUGGUCAGAGGAUGUGACAGCUUACUAGCAAUGAGAACCUCCCAGAAAACUGUCUGACCUUUACCUGAGAGAGUAGAUGGGAUAUUUUCUCUAAUGAGAAAUUGUGGCUAAGAAGGUCCCAUUAUUAAAGAAAGCUACUCCCCAGAUGAGUUAAUACUCCAUUAGGAUUUUACUAGU